AUGGGAGACUUGAAGUCGGGCUUCGAGGAGGUGGACGGCGUGCGCCUGGGCUACCUGGUGAUCCGGGGCAAGCAGAUGUUCGCCCUCUCGCAGGUCUUCACCGAUCUGCUGAAGAACAUCCCGCGCACGACGGUGCACAAGCGCAUGGACCACUUGAAAGUCCAGAAGCACCACUGCGACCUGGAGGAGCUGCGGAAGCUCAAAGCCAUCAACUCCAUCGCCUUCCACGCCGCCAAAUGCACCCUCAUCUCCCGCGAGGACGUGGAGGCUCUCUACACCUCCUGCAAGACCGAGCGGGUGCUGCGGACCAAGCGCAGGGGCCCGGGCCCGCUCCCGGCCGCCCCCGGGCCGGACCCUUACGCGGCCUUGUGGAAAGACGGCGGCAAACUUUGGCUGGGCUUGAAUGGAGCCGCGGCGCCCAAGAGGCGAGCCUGGCGAGCGGCGGCCGAGGCGGGCGCCUUCCUACCGGCUUCGGAUCUACCUCACUUUUGGAGCAAAUCCCCCGGGCGCAGCUCGCCGGGACUGGCCCGGCCGCCCGGCAAAGGGGCGGCAAACUAUGAAACUGGCCCGCUGGGGCCGCGCUACGUCUCGCUGGCGUCGGACCCGGCGUGCUUUCGGAGCCUGCUCUGCGCCAAGCACCCGCAUUACUACUACCACUCCUCGGCCGCCAUUGCCAGCCAGCCCAAGCUCGCCGCCGCCGCCGCCGCCACGGGAGGCGGCCCGCUGGCCCUGGGCUGCCGGGCCAAGCGCAAGAAAGCCGCCGAGGGCCGCUCGCCGGGAGGCUGCGGGAGGCGCCUGCUGCUCUGGCCGCGCGCCUGCAAGCUCAACGGCGCCUCGUCGGAGCGGCUGCCCGGCUUGAACGGCUUCCUGGCGCCGCCGCCCCACCAGCCCUUCCCGGAGAGCUGCAGCAGCGACUCCGACUCCAGCUCCUACUCGGACCCCGCGGUCAACGACUCCGACUUCUGCUCCAGCCUGUCCAGCACCAGCAAUUCGGCCUCUUCGGAGGAGGAGGAGGAGGAAGAGGAGGAGGAGGAGGAAGGCAGCUGCGCCUCGGAGUCCAGCGAGCUGAGCUCCGACGAGGACGACGACGACGACGACGACGACGACGAGGAGAGCAGCUCUGCCUCGGACUCCAGCUCCGGCUCCAGCCGGGUCUCUGUGCAGAGCAUCCGCUUCAGGCGCGCCAGCUUCUGCAAGCCGCCCAGCCUGGCGCCCGCCGCUCUGCUCUACCAUCCGCGCUGGGCUGGCCGUGAGGAGCCGCAGGAGCCGGCGCCGGUCGUUAAAGCCGAAACCUCGGAGGAGGAGGUCUGGAGCGGCCGGGCCUGCUGGGCCCCCAAGAGCGAGCCGGGCCUGGGCUGCCUCGGCCCGGGCAGCUGCUGCUUCGGGGAGCCGGAGCCGGGGGGCGGCCAGGGGUCUCUCUCGGCCGGCCACUCUCCUCGCCCGCCACCGGACCCGGCGGCCGGGGGCCUCUCUCCGCCCAGCCUCAAGGCCCGGAGAUGCCAGCCCGCCAGCCCGCCUCCCCUCCUGCCUCCUCCGCCCCUGCCAGCGGAGCUCCCCACAGCAGCUUUGGGGGGCUCUCCCCGGGGGUCCCCCCACGCCCGAUGGCCCCCCUCUUCGGACUCUUCCUUCUGCCCCAGCCUGCCCGGGGGGGCUGCCUCUGUUGCCGCCGCCGCCGAGUGCCCCGGCCUCCCGCCCCUGCCUUUUGUGCCCAUUGCCCAGAUCAAAGUCGAGGACAGCAGUGCCAAUGCGGAAUAUGGCGCACUGCCGGUGCCCAGCCCUGACAGGGUCCCGCUCAAAUGUGAAGGCAGCCCAGAGGAGCCCAAGCGGGAAGCGGAGGGCGGGCAGUCGCCCCCGGCCAGUCCCCCCGGGCCGCCUCGGGAGGACCUGCUGCUGCCGGCCAAGGAAGACCCCGCCUGCACUGACGAGCCCCCUAGCCCUCCCUCCAGCCCCCCGCCGCCGCCCGUCCCCCAGAGCCAGGCCCUCGCCGCAUGCACUUUAGGCGCUGCUGCUGCUGCUGCUGCCAAACCCGAGGAUGGGGAAUACAAAUUUGGAGCCAGGGUGAGGAAAAACUACCGGACUUUGGUGCUGGGCAAGAGAGGCGUCCUCCCGAGCCCGGACCUGCUCAAACCAAAUCUGAAAACUGCCCGGAGCCCCCGGCCGCCCCCGGGGAAGCUCCUGGAGGCUACCGAAGGAACACUGGAUGACUUGGCAGUUCUCAGUCGGCGCAAAAGGGUGGCCAGCAACGUCGCCUCGGCCCUGAAAAGGCCCUUUAACUUUAUGGGCAAUUUUCCCUGCCCGCCCUCCUUGGUGGUUGGCCUGGAUGGAGAUUUGUUGCCAGCCUACACCUUGAACACUGCCAGGGAUGCCCAAGCACCUCCCAAGGCCCAUCCUGUCUGGAAAUGGCAGCUGGGCGGGUCUGCAAUACCUCUUCCACCCAGCCACAAAUUCAGGAAAUUUCAUUCAUGAGCGCCAGAUUGAAUGUGAACCCUGCUUUAUUAUUUACACCCACCCACGCACCCACCCCCACAACCAUAUCCUUCUUUUCCUUACGUUUUUGAGAAUCUACCCGGGAUGGCUUCUCGCACCAAGAUCCAAUUUUUUUAUGUUCGGGUUUUUAAAAUCCUGAUUUAUCCUAUUUUUAAGAAAAUAAGAAAAUGGAUUAUUUUCCUCGCCAUGAAAACAACGGAGGGGGGGGGGAGGGGGGAGGUCUAACAUUCCACAGACUACUUCAAGCAAAAGACUCAAGUUUAUAUUUAAAAGAUUUUUUUUUAAAGAAAGAAAGACACUCAGUGAAAUCUGCUAAAGCUGGAACACUUUACUAUCUCAGAAUGCUAAUAAUGCACCCGGUACCUCAAUUCAACUGCUACAAAUAAAUGUUUGGGGAAGGUUGAAUGACAACUAUUCGGAUGAGCCAUUAAUAUGUAUGCACUAGGUUUCGAACCUGGAAAUCUAAAUGUUCAAUUCCGUUCAAGUUUGAUCUGUGAGAAGGUUUGCACAGUGAGGAUUCACUAUAAUUGGGGGUGGGGGCAUCAGUUUACUUUGUUGUCAGGUCCAGGGCCUCUUCCUAAGUUUUACCUCUCCCCCUUCUUUUUCCACAAAAGCGAUCCCGCAUUUAUCAAAGGCUGGCAGUGGGUGUCUUUCCAGCGCCUCAUCGGCCUAAUCAACCCAUGUGGAAAUAUAUUUGAGGGUAGGAAGAAAGCUGUAAAACAAAAAAGAAACCUCAACAACAAACCACUCCAGUUUGGGACAAGCCACCCUUUAAAAAGGAGAAGUCCUCGGGGUGGCCACUAGUGUCAUAUUUGGCUACAAUAAGCGAUCUAGCCCGUCUCGCCGCUCUGUCCUAUGCGCUUUUACUUGGGGAAUUUCUCUGAAUUCAAUUGGGGCCUGCUCCUAAAUAAGUGUGCCUAGGAAUUGCAGUAUGAAAACCAUUGGGAUUGUCGUGGAAUUAGAUGUAGCCAGGCUUAUACCGAAAGGGUCAUGGGGUUUCCAUAAAACCUGGUCCUUCCAGAUUUGGAAAGCUGGGGAAAUCUUACCUUAUAUCCCCAUUGGUUGGAAUAAAAAGAAAAUGCAGUAAAAAAAUCCAAUCGGAUAACUACAACAGGCCCCAGUAGAAGGAAUGUUCCCUAAGGAGAAUCCCAUACUCUUGGUGGCUGUUUUAGCACCCAAACUCAGGCUUUAAACCCCAGGAUGUGUCACUUUUUUCUCUCUAUCUCUGGAAACUUGACCCCACCCCCAAUCUUUGUAGCAGAAGCAUUUUUUUUACUGCACAUGACAAUCAGAGGCAAUUGUCUAUAUUUGCACUUAAUCUCGACAUAGUUGAAACAGGCCGACUUCUAGAGUCCAGCCUUUGGUAAGACAUGCCGGUGUAAUAUGUUGUGAUA